AUUGUGUCUUUGCUCACUCUGAUUGGGAGUAAAUAAUUGUAUAUCAGAAUAAGUGUGUGCAGGGAGUAGGGAAUUAUCACUCAGGGGAAGGGAAGGUAUGCAUGACAGGUUAUUUUUACUUUAAUACUUUGUGUUCUUUUUCCUUCCUGGUUUACACAACUGACCACACAGCAUAAAGAUUGGUAUACAUAAUAUUUAAUAGAAUUGCUUCACGAGUAGUCUUUCAUCAAUACUGUAAUAAGUUUAGAGAUGCAGUCUUUUCCUGUUUAGACUCUCAUAAUCAACUUUUAAAAUCUCCUUCAUCUGUUAGGUAAAGUACAUUGAUGUUAGCAAAUGUUAGAAACCAAAACUGCAGGAAGAAUUGGCAUUUUAUCUAGCGUUUGUGAAAGUACACAGUGGUGCUUUACAGAAAUCUUCAAGAUAAGCUCUUUAUAGGAGGGAAACUACAGUCCACUCUUGACUUCUACAACUGUAAUUGUUUUACUGUUAUGUUCAAAGCUGGAUUUUAAUGGCUGUUAGUUUUUUGUGAUACCUAAAAAACAGGAACAAAGCUGGAAGAUGGGGAAGAAAUUUGGUCUAACUGAAUAUUUGCUUUUCAUUCCAAACUAGAGGUAUAUGGUUACCUUCAUUUCAGUUAUGCUAAUAGAAAUUAAGAGUCUUCUCACUGGCAUCCACAUGAGGGAGGAAAACAAGGUCUUUUAAUUGUACAUUUGUUAGUCAGGUAAUUCUACUGCUAAACCAUGAGCAGCAUCAAGUCCAGGAAUGUCUCCGUCAUGUUCAUUACUUGUUCCCCUUCCUCCUCCCUUUCUCUCUCCCCAAGGAGUUAUUUUUAGUAUGAGUUUAGGACAAUUAACUCAAUAUAGUAUCUUUAGUUAUGAAAAUUCUGAAUUUUGACUGGCAGGCAAAUUGAGUGUUAGGGCAAUUGCCUAUGAUCACACAAUAUGUCCAUGUCUACCUGCCCCUGAUGAAAGUCUCUGAGACUAAUGUUAACAACACUCGGUAUAGAACUCCUCUGUGCGUUGUCUGUGUGUUUUGAGCGUUUGAAGGUUUAUUUUAAGCAUCUAUGUCACUAAGGUCUUUCAGUUUUGAUUCUUCCCUUUCAUGGCAAAGCAUUAUUCUUUAGAGACAUUUCAUGGCAGUUGUACACGAACACACGGAAUUUUAUUAAUCCAUAAUGUAGUAAGAAAAGAUGGCUUGAUGUGGGUCAUGCAGUCUGAUGGUAGCAAAUAGUCUCAAGCAGGUUUAUUUUCAGUCUUUUGUAGGGUAUUCCAGAAACUAAUGUCCGUCAGAAAAUAAAUUUUCGUAUUACAGUCAUUAGAAUCUUUCUUGCUACAUUUUAAAAGUUAAAUUCUGUAUGUGAUGAACCACAAAUACAGUCUUAAAGCUAAUUGUACAAAACACUGUCAUACUCCUUUCCUUUCUAAAAAUAAGGUCCAUUUAUAAUGUAUGGGGGAAGUACUAUUAUAUUAUAUUCUCAUAGGGGAAUUCUUCAAAUUGUUCCUAAUUGUGUGUAUGAUGUUUUUUUAGACAGAUGUCAAAUCCUUUCCCAGAGGAGUCUAUAUUCUAUGGUUCUAACCCCAAAGAAAAGUGAAGCAAAUAACAAAGUACAAGCAUUAUGUGGCCACUUCCAAUAUGUUUCCUGUAAUUUAAUGCUACUACAAUGUUUUGAGAUUUAACUUACGCACUGUUCUAUAAAGAAUUCAAUUUUAUUUGUUUUAACCAAUGAUGUAUUAUAAUACACACACAAAAGAAUUGGUUAAAACAAAGCUUUCUGGGAUGAGUUCAGGCAAGUUGAGAUACGUGUGUGCAAACCUGAUGUUAGCAGGGCAGGGCUCUCUUCUGUUUUCAGUAGAGGAACAGAACACAUGGAAUUUCAGCAUUUCCCUGUUUGGGCUUUUGAUACUAGAAAAUACAUUACGGAUUAAGAAGGAAGGCUUUCUUUAGCAUUAGACUGUGUCUUUUGCAAUAACAUGCUUUUUGGGGCCUUUAUGUAGAAGUACUAAAAAGGGGGCAAAAUAGAAGAAUAGAAUAGAAUAUAUCUCUGAGUAUAUGCAGGUAUGCACAUAUAUAUACAUGUAUGUCAUAAAUAGACACACUCCUUUAUCUCUCCAAAAGCAAUAGUUACAAGGACUAUGACAGUUCUUAAAAUUGGUAGGCAACUUUUAACAGUGAUCAGUAACAUAAUUAUUAAAAUAGAAAAAAAAGUUGAUUUUGAUGUUUGUAAUAUACUUAUCAUGAACAAAGAAUAGUUCUGUUUCAAAGCUUUUCAGUUGUUUGCUGGCACAAUACAGCACUGGGGUUUCAAACUAAGAAUGUAAUGUUGCAGUUUUAAAAUCAUACUUAAAAUUAUACUUUUCUUUGAAGUAUUCUUACUAAUAUUAAGUAUUAUAAAAUUAUUUAAAGUAAAACUUACUUUAGACACUGUAAUAACUGCUUUGUGGAGGGAAUAAUAUGCAUAAAACAUCUUUCACUGCUGAGAAACUUUUUGCCAGCCCAUCAAGGUGUUUAAGCAGUUUUGCCUAACUCAGGAGUAUGUGGCAGUGUAGAGUCAGCACAGCUGCCAGCGUAUUUUGAAUUAAAUGCUUUCUCAUGGUCAUUGUUAAGAAUCCUUAUUCAUUUAAAUAUCCUGGGAUCCCACCUCUUUAUUGUUUAAGAAUAGGAUUAAAAACAUUUGGGUUAAAAUUAAAGAGGUAAUUUUCCUAGCAGACAGACUUGUGAAUUUAUCCCUAAUGGGAGAUUCCUGCCACCUUUUUCUGCCCUACUUAUUGUCAUUUCUACUUAAACUAGUCUUCUACUCUACUUCUACUAGUCUUAAACUAGUUCGUGGUUCUGUUGAUAUUAAUAAGUGACUGGAAUGGAACUCAUUUCCUCAUUGUGGGGUUAGGAAUGAAAGAGUAUCUUUGAUAUGAAAGGCAUCAGUGAAAGACAUUCCAUGACACUGAAACCUUUCAGUACUCGGUCCUAAUCCUGUAAGCUACCUGUGCAUUAUUUACCUUGGCAUACAUGAAUAGGUACGUGAAUUGGUCAGGCACGUGCAUUUAUUUUUUCAGGUUGGGGCCUACAUAUCAGAUAUACAAGAAAGGAGAAAUUCUAGGAAGUAAAAGGGAUGGGUUGAAUUACUCCAAGUGUAUGAUUUUCAUGAGAAUGCUAUGGAAAAAAAGUAUAUUUUUAGAGGCAAUUAAAGGAUGAUUGAGCAGUGUUGGGGAAAUGCUAUAGAAAGAGUUAACCUGAUGCUAAUUUUCCGAAGUGGGAAAUAUGGGAAAACGUUAAAUGAUCUCCUUAAAAAAUGGUUAUGAUAUCUUGAUAUUUGUUUGACCAAUUUAAAUGCCUUACCUUUUAAAAAUAUUUUGUACCUGUCUGCUUGCUGAUCUUGAUGAUAUCUUAUUAAUGGAUUAAAAAAUCAAUGCAUUUUUAAAGAAUUCAGGAAAAGAUUUUGCCUUUAUGAAAGUUAUGAAGGUGAAUACAGUGAUUCAGGGAAUAAAUAGUUAAACAUUACUAAUGCAAUCUAGUGUAGCUCAACAGUCAUUGGGGCCCGGAGCCAAAAUUUAGCCAGGAUAAUGAGGUAGACUUGGGCUGUAAGAUAACAGGAACAGCCUGCAUGAUGACUGAAACUUGUUGCUUUGCGGGAGUCAGAGGGGCUUCAGGACAAGAAAUGCCUUAACAAAGUUGUAAGGACACUGCAGAACUACCGAACUCCUGUCUGGGAACCACCCCGUGAUCCCUGAGGUUCCACUCAGAAGCACCCAGGACAAACACACAACAGUCCCACGACUGCCACUGUUGUAAGGGGCCUCAGGCAAGAAUGCACUCAAGGACAUAAUCUUCGCAAGCCUGAUGGGGAACGUCCUGGUGGGACGCAAACAACUGGCAGCAGGCAGCAAUCGAAACCAACACCAAAGGAACUAAGGGCAUCUCCAUUUAGAUAAGAGUCAGAACACCAGUUGAGACCAACACACCUUGCAAUACACUGUGACAAGAUUACUUGAUGGGCCAACUCAUGACCAUAUGUGGAAGAAGGGACUUAAAACGCAUGGUGUCAAUCACAGAGCUAUUUUGUACUUAUGAGAAGAGGGAAGGAAGGAGAGCUAAAAAGGAAUGAGGGAGAAGCCUACCAAAAUACACUUGCUGAAAGAGACACUCUUGACCUCUCUGAACCUGGAUGCUGGUUCCCUCCACCACUGGCCAUGUGUUUAUACGAUGGGAUCACCAAUAAACAACAGAGCCCUUUUCCCAUGCCAAGAACCACCCGUUGCCUUGUCAACAUGGCAAGCCUCAGUCCGAGCAGCUGCAGGCUUUGUUGUGUUAAUGAGUGGAGAAAACUCAGCAGAACCAGUCCAGCUUCAAGAAGGUAUCUUGAGCUGGUACUACUAUGUGACUAUGCCAAUGCCAGCAUCCACGUUCACUAUUGCUGUGGGCUGCUGGCAGGAAGUUAAACAGCAGUCCUUCACAGCUGCCAACCAGACAAAUGUUGAGUUUCCCUUGCCAUCUUCACAAGCUGAUUUCAGAUGGCAUGAAGAACUCUGUGGUCAUGUGGAAUAUCCCUGCCGUUUCCGAAAUCCUGCUGCGAGGUUGCAGGCAGUCAUUCCUUAUAGAGUCUUUGCUCCCUGGUGCCUUAUGGAGUGCUGCAAAGAACAUUUGCUUCAGCUAAUUCCUCGGUGCCUCUCAGCUGCUUACACCACACUGGGUACCCACCCCUUUUCCAGACUUGAUGUUUUGAUAGUUCCUUCCAACUUUUCCAGCCUGGGAAUGGCUAGCCCACACAUCAUCUUCCUGUCACAGAGCGUAUUACCAGGAGGGAGCCAUCUCUGUGGAACACGUCUAUGCCAUGAAAUUGCUCAUGCUUGGUUUGGGCUGGCCAUUGGUGCUCGCGAUUGGACUGAAGAGUGGAUAAGUGAAGGGUUUGCCACCUUUUUAGAAGAUAUAUUUUGGGCUAGGGCACAACAGCAGCUGUCACAUGAUGAAGUAAAAGGGCAGCAGGAAUUGAAAGCUUCACUUCGCUGGCGACGACUGAGAGAUGAGGUGCAGAACUCUGAAGAAGAGCUGCAAGUUUUAAGGCCCAAAAAGGAAAGCACAGGAGAACUGAGUGAGUCGGGAGCAUCUAUUGUCAAACAUGGUCUUAAAGCAGAAAAAAUCUUCAUGCAGGUCCACUAUUUGAAAGGUUAUUUCCUUUUGCGGUUUCUGGCAAGAGCAGUAGGAGAGGCUUCAUACCUUGCAUCUUUACAGAAAUUUGUCCAGAAGUUCCAUGGUCAGCUUGUCCUUUCUCAGGAUUUUCUUUGCAUGCUGUUGGAAGACAACCCUGAACAAAAAAAAUCUGGGCUAACUGUAGAAAAUAUAUUUGAGAACUGGCUUGACACUUCAGGAAUACCAAAGCCUCUGCUGGAGGAGGGUGAGACUUGGAAGGAGUGUCGGCUCGUCCAGCAAGUGAGCGGCGAGGUCACAAAAUGGAUUCAGACAAACCAGAGGAUCAGAAAAAGCGGCAAAAAGAAAAGAAAGCAAGAUGAAGUCGUUUUCCAAAAGCUUCUCCCUGACCAGCUGGUCUUACUUCUGGAGUCUCUCUUGGAGGAGAAGACGUUGUGUCCUAGAAUACUGCAGUGCUUAGAGAAAACAUACCAGCUCCGGGAGCAAGAUGCUGAGGUUCGUCAUCGGUGGUGUGAACUUGUUGUUAAACACAAGUACGUGCCUGGGUAUGGAGAUGUUGAGAAAUUUCUCAGAGAAGAUCAGGCAAUGGGUGUGUAUCUCUAUGGUGAAUUAAUGGUGAAUGAAGAUGUGAAACAACAAGAACUUGCACAUAAAUGCUUUGCUGCAGCACGAGAACAUAUGGAUGCGUCCUCAGCCAAAGUGGUGGCAGAGAUGUUGUUCUGAAGAGGAAAGAUCACAGAGAAACUGUUUUAAUGUAUCUCCUGCUAAACCCCGAUGGUACUAGGAUUUCAUUGACCCAAGACAUCAAAGGAAGGAUUAUGUGACUGCUAAAACAAUCAGCUGACAGAAACGUUUACCUCUCGGUAUUUAUGUCUUCCAGAGGCUCACUGUAACCAAGAAUGCUCGCGCACAAAACAAACCACACACACACACACGCAUAUGCACGCGUUACUGUGGCUUUAGGCAGUUCUUUAAUACAUGAAAUCUGGGGUUUGUCUUUGCUCUUUGGUGAUACAACCAUUCCAGUUUGCAGAGGGCAAGGACUCUUUGAUUUGAACAGUUUUAUGCACCCCAGUAAUUUGGCCAAUGUUAGUAAUCUCUGAAAUUUGAUGAAACCGUAUUCUGUACUUAAAAUUUUGUUUGCAAUUUCUACGCCAAAUUAAAAAGCCCAUAUAAAAUUAGCAGGAGCUGGAGGGGGCCUGGGGUGGUUAAUUGGAAGCGGAAAUAAUCUGUGAAAAGUGACCAACCAUCAUCCUGGUGAUGGGAUGGGACUGAAAGAAGAACGAAGAUCAGCGUUCUCUCUCUGUCUUGUUUAGGUUAACUUCUGCCAGAAAUGUCAGGCCUUCCACUUUCUGAAAAUUACUUCCAUACCCCUGUGCUCUUCCUUUUGCACGGUGAUAUAUCGAGUGUAGCUCUUCUUUCCUAGGAACAUACUGCUCCACUGAUCAGAAGACUUCUGAAUUGUUCCUUUCAGAGAGUAAGAAUUUAAAACACAAAAAUUUGCAAACAUAUUUACUUUGUGCGCUAUUGUUUUACGUCAAACAUGCCUGUAAAAAUAAAUACCUUUUUCAAGUGUG